GAGGGCGGGGUUCUGGCGGAAAGGGGCCUUCUCAGCAGCGUCGCCGUCUGGUCCUGCGGCGCCUUGUUACUUGGUUCCGAAACUUGCCCGGAGUGGGAGCUGUAGUGGGCGCUGGCUGAGAUUUCAGAAUGACUUCCAUUUUGAUUUGCACUUUUAGAAAUCUUCCCAGCACGUCAAAAUGGGCCCUCAGAUUUUCUGUAAGACCUCUGAGCGGUUCCUCCCAGCUGCGAGCUGCCCCAGCCACCCAGACCAAGUCAAAGAAGACCUUAGCCAAGCCCAACAUAAGGAAUAUUGUGGUGGUUGACGGGGUUCGCAUUCCGUUUUUACACUCAGGCACUUCAUACAAAGACCUGAUGCCACAUGAUCUGGCUAGAGCGGCCCUAACGGGUUUGUUGCAUCGGACCAGUGUCCCAAAGGAAGUUGUUGAUCAUCUUGUCUUUGGCACAGUUAUUCAGGAAGUGAAAACAAGCAAUAUUGCAAAAGAGGCCGCCCUGGGAGCUGGCUUCUCUGAGAAGAUUCCUGCUCACACAGUCUCAAUGGCUUGCAUCUCUUCCAACCAAGCCAUGACCACAGGUGUUGGCUUGAUUGCUUCUGGCCAGUGUGAUGUGGUCGUGGCAGGUGGUGUAGAGUUAAUGUCUGACAUCCCUAUCCGUCAUUCGAGGAAAAUGAGGAAAAUGAUGCUUGAUUUAAAUAAGGCCAAGACUAUGGGUCAGCGACUGGCAUUGAUCUCUAAAUUCAGAUUGAAUUUUCUAGCACCUGAGCUCCCUGCAGUGGCUGAGUUCUCCACCGGUGAGACCAUGGGCCACUCUGCAGACCGAAUGGCCGCUGCUUUUGCUGUUUCUCGACUGGAACAGGAUGAGUACGCGCUACGGUCUCACAGUCUGGCCAAGAAGGCACAGGAUGAAGGACUCCUUUCUGACGUAGUACCCUUCAAAGUACCAGGAAAAGAUACAGUUACCAAAGAUAAUGGCGUCCGUCCUUCUUCACUGGAGCAGAUGGCCAAGCUGAAACCUGCUUUCAUCAAGCCCUAUGGCACAGUGACAGCUGCAAAUUCUUCUUUCCUGACUGAUGGUGCAUCUGCAGUGCUGAUUAUGGCAGAGGAAAAAGCUCUGGCCAUGGGCUAUAAACCAAAGGCAUAUAUGAGGGAUUUUCUGUAUGUGUCUCAGGACCCAAAAGACCAACUUUUACUUGGACCAGCAUAUGCAACUCCGAAAGUUCUGGAAAAGGCAGGGUUAACAAUGAAUGAUAUUGAUGCUUUUGAAUUUCACGAAGCUUUUGCUAGCCAGAUUUUGUCUAAUUUCAAAGCCAUGGAUUCUGAUUGGUUUGCACAAAACUACAUGGGUAGAAAAACCAAGGUUGGAUUACCUCCUUUGGAGAAGUUUAAUACGUGGGGUGGAUCAUUGUCCCUGGGACACCCGUUUGGAGCCACUGGCUGCCGACUGGUCAUGACAGCUGCCAACAGAUUACAGAGGAAUGGAGGCCAGUACGGUUUGGUGGCUGCCUGUGCAGCUGGAGGGCAGGGCCAUGCUAUGAUAGUUGAAGCUUAUCCAAAAUAAUAGAUCAAGAAGAGAUGACCUGAAGUUUCUGUGAAAUACUCAUACUAGGCAAUGCCAUUUCAAUGCAUUAAUGAAUGACAUCUGUAGUCCUAGCUCCUCUUAGGAAAGCAAAAUCUGUGGCCUUCUGUUAAAUAUUUCCCACUUCAGCCUUGCCAGUGUUCUGAGCUUUUCAAUAAUCAUGGCUUACUGUUCCUUCGGGGAUUUCUUAGUCACCAGGAUCUCACACAGUGAUACUUUUAAGCAAUUGUUUUUGAUCUCUAUUUUUAUUAAACACUUAGUGGUUGCAGUUUCAGAAAGCAGUUAGCUGAAAUUUGCAAAUUAUAUUCAUUCUUAUUUGUGUCCUAAAGUUGUGUUUUCUGUAAAAUACAAACCAAUGUGCCUAAAUUAUGAAACUAAACCACACUGAAAAAUAACAGUAAAUGUUUAGAUACGAAAAUAUCAUCUUGGCCAACCUUAAUAAAGUGUACAGGUAUUAGAGAACUAUUUGCUUUAUUUUUUAUUAGAAGGACAGAGCUGGUUCUCUUGGCUUAGGGGCAGAGUUUGUCUUUAAUUCAUUGUUCAUAACUUCUAACCGUUUUAAUCAACAGUGAGGCUGCUAGGACCACAAAGAUUGUCUUGAUUUAGAAUGACUCCCCUCUCCCUCCCCCCGCCCCCUGCAUUGCUUGAUUGUAGUAAAUUUACUUCACCUUUUGGAGAUGAAUCUGUUCACCAGGAUUUAAUUGAAUUGUAAAGAAGGUUUUUUAUUUUGACUGACAUGCUAUAAAUCCUCUCAUUUUUUGACUACCAUACUGUACUAAAUAUGUAUGCUAGUGCUUUGAAGUAGCAGAAGGCUCAAUUGUGGCCACUUGUGUGAAUGUUGUGUUGUUGUUAAGUGCCGUCGAGUUGGUUCCAACUCAUAGUGACCCUGUGUACAACAGAAUGAAACACUGCCUGGUCCUGCGCCAUCCUCACAAUCGUUGGUAUGUUUGAGCCCAUUGUUGCAAUCGCUGUGUCAGUCCAUCUCAUUGAGGGUCGUCUUUUUUGCUGAUCCUCCACUUUGCCAAGCCCGAUGUCCUUCUCCAGGGACUGGUGCCUCUUGAUACACGAAUACACGAGAUAAAGUGUGGCCAUUUUUGCUUCUAAAGAA